AUGACGACUGAUCAAGACGUAUAUCGCAAGACUGGAAGAGGUGGAGCUGGCAAUUACGUCGUCAAAAGCAAGGCUGAUGAAGCCGAUAAAGAUCUCGAAGCUCAAGACCUAGCAACCGACGAAGUCCCCCCUCCAGACCGCACCACAGCCAACGCCCCAGCUCGAGCUGGACGCGGCGGCUCAGGAAACUAUGUCAGCCCAUCAGACCUGCCCGAUGCGCGCGAGCAGGAUGAGAUGGCCAGGAAGACAGCCGCGGCGGUGAACGCGAGUCUCAGGAAGAAUCCUGGAGGAGGCUUGGGCGGCAGAGGAGGAGCGGGUAACUGGAAGCAUGCUAUUUCGUUUGAGGAGGAGGAAAGGAUGAGGGAGGAAGAGAGAUCGAGGGGAGAAGCAUUGGAGAGGAAGGUGAAGGAGACUGUUGACAAGGGCUUGAGGAUGCCCGAGAAGGUGCAUCAUGGACCUGCGCAUAUUAAGCAUAAUAAGUGA